AUGGUGUUGUUUAAUCAGUCUAUUGUAUCUUUACCUAUGAGGCCACUCCAUCCAAUCUCGUUACGGGACUCUCUGCUGCAGCACCCAGUGCUUAGGCUGACGAUUCCUCCACAGUAUAAUUCGGAAAUCAUUUGGAAACUCAUACGUGCUGUAUUACAUGUCAUGUCUGUUUAUGUCGAGAAAAUACUGAUCUGCAGUACAGAACCACGAAAAACAUUCCGUACUUUCAUAGACAAAGUGGCCUCGGAUGCUAAUAACGAUGGCCCUCCGGCGAUGGUCCAGGGCAACGAAGAACGGCGUUCGCCGACAUCUACAUGGUACCAGUCGCCCCAGGAUGUGUGCAUAGGGGAGCCUGGCGGACGCUGUAGAUCCAGUAAACUCCCGGAGCUCGUAGGCAGGUACCCGUGGACCAUGUGCGUUUUCCCCCUUUCUGCAGAGAGUUGUGACAAGGAUGAAACAGGCUCAACCAGUAUGAUCCCGAGGACAAAAUUCAGACACAGCAGUGGCUGCCCAGGGAUGGAAAAUGUAUCAGUCAAAGCAAAAUCUGAACUCUUGUCUGCCAAGCCCCAUGAGCAGGUGCAUGUCUUGGUGGAAGAGAAUGCAUGUUGGCGAUGCUGCUUUUCCUCCGAGGGUGAGCCAGAAGUUGUUGAGGACAAUUGCUGUGGCUGCAACGUGGCUGCCUUCAGGAUGAUGGCGCCUUCAGAAGGGAUGGACCUCGUCUACGUCACUUACCAUGUAGAUGUCGGCGAGACGCCGUUCUUCGUUGCCCUGGACCAUCGCCGGAGGGCCAUCGUUAUUAGCAUCCGAGGCACUUUGUCUAUGAAAGAUGUGAUCACGGACCUGAACGCCGAGAGUGAGCCUCUGCCUAUGGACACUAUCAAGGAUGAUUGGCUGGGACACAAGGGCAUGGUGUCUGCUGCAGAGUAUAUCCGGCGCAAGUUGAGGGAGGAUGACAUCUUAAACCGCGCCUUCCGCUUCGACACAACUAGGGGGACGCAGCUGUAUGACUUAGUUUUGGUGGGACACUCCCUAGGCGCUGGAACGGCAGCCAUCCUGGCCAUCCUUCUCAAGCAAGAACAUCCGAACCUUAGCUGCUUUGCUUAUUCGCCACCAGGGGGACUCUUGAGGUACAGCCUUAUUGCCCCGCCGCCGCCUCCCUCCGUCUGCCCUUUAUUUCUCCUUCCUUCCUUCGAGCUCUUUCUUCUAUUUUCUUUCCUCCACAUUUGCUACCGGUUUCUGUUCACUCUAGGAUUUAAUUCUCACGACAUAUUCAGACUGUUGAUAUUCUAUUGA